UGUAACUAUGUCAAAGUAGGACAAGUCAGAAGUAGCUGUCAUCUGGUUUUCGAUCAUUUGACGUGGAUGUCUAAGCAAAAAUGCGAAUUUGUUGAUGGAUACUGUUUAUUUACCAAAUAUUUAGAAGCUAGCACCUUAUACCUAGUUUUACUUGUACAUUUUUCCUUUAUAAGUCCAAUAUUUCUCUCAUAAAUACACACACACAAUGGAGGAGGAGACGUUAACAUCAAACACAUCCAAGAAGGGGGUUAUAUCACAAGGAUGGACUAGACUCUCACAGUUUUACCAAGAAGUGGUGGACAGAACGGUGCCGUAUCGUACGUGGAGGUGGAUCUUUGGAGUGCUCCUCCUCGUCGGUUUCAUGGCCCGCGUGCUUUUGACGCAGGGAUGGUACAUAGUGACCUACGCUCUUGGAAUUUACCAUCUGAAUUUGUUCAUAGCCUUCUUAACGCCAAAAAUCGACCCGUCUAUGGACUUUGAUGACGAAGGUCCAGAACUACCGACCAGAGCUAACGAAGAGUUUAGACCUUUCAUCAGAAGGUUGCCCGAGUUCAAAUUCUGGUACUCAGUGACGAAGAGCACGUUGGUCGCAAUCAUCUGCACCAUGUUCGAUUGCUUCAACGUACCAGUAUUUUGGCCAAUCCUGGUCAUGUAUUUCUUCACGUUGCUGUGUAUCACGAUGAAGAGGCAAAUCCGGCAUAUGAUCAAGCAUCGCUACUUGCCAUUUACCCACGGAAAACCGAAAUAUCAGGGACACGAGGACACCGGCAAAGUGGUCGGAGGUGCUAAUUGAUAGUGAAACCAAACAGAAAUGAAAAAAAAA